AUGGCCAAUACUACACAUCCAGCGUUACCCUUUGAGGGAUUCUAUUCCAAGAUCCCUGAAACUCCGAUUCCAUGGCUCUACAGUGCCCCGGCGCUCCUGGCUGGCUGGUACUUCCUAUCUUUCGCAUGGAGCGCAAUCUUCGGCUACAAAGUCCCUGUCUUCGGCGUCAAAACACCCUGGGAGCCGACUAUGGUGUCCAACUUCCGGUUCUUUAUGCGCGCAGGAGACGUUCUAAACGAGGGGUAUAACGCAUGCAAAGGGAAAAUCUUCCAAUUCCGACGAGCCGAUACGGACAUGCUCGUCUUGCCUCCCAAGUAUGUCGACGACAUCAGGAAACUGCCAAACCAUGUAGCCAGUCCGACAGUCGCCCAUGUGCACAAUCUCAUGGGCUCGUCCACCAACAUGCACAUCAUCCUUCGCAGCAACCUACACUUCCGAACCCUCCAGCUGAAACUGACCCCGAACCUGAACUCCUUGACGGCGCCCAUGCAGGAUGAGGUCAACUAUGCGGUGGAAAAGGAGCUCACCACGUCUGAAGACGAAUGGGUUACCGUCAAGCCCUAUCACACCAUUCUGGACUUUGUAGCUCGCGUCAGCGCACGCAUCUUCCUCGGCCUGCCCCUGUGCCGGAACCCCAAGUGGCUUGAGGUCUCUACGCAAUUCACAGAAAACGUCUUCGUGUCGCUUGUCUUCCUGAGACUGUUUCCCAUCUGGACCCACAAGCUCCUUAGCUGGUUCAUGCCCUCAUCAUACCGAGGAAACGCCUACGUCCGGAGAGCCAAGAAGCUGCUUGUGCCUGAGAUCCUGCAGCGCAGAGAGCAACAACGCAACGGCAUCGAGACGCCCGAGGGCAAGCAGAAUCUCCUCUCCUGGAUGAUGGAGAUCGCGACGAAAGAAGAAAGCGACCCCGCCUCUCUCGCCCAUCUCGAGGUUGUCCUCUCGCUCGCCUCCAUCCACACCUCCCAGAUGAACGCCGUCCACGUCCUCUACGACCUCCUCGCCCACCCCGAAUACUUGGACCUCAUCCGUGACGAAAUCAAACGCGUCGUCGCAGAGGACGGCCCCUGGAUGCAGUGGCAGAAGCCGGCGUUCUCCAAACUCCGCAAGCUGGACUCCUUCAUGCGCGAGUCGCAGCGCUUCAACCCGCCCACCCUCCUAUCCAUGCACCGAGUGCUCCUCCAAGACGCGCACCUCUUCGACGGCACGCUCCUCCCCAAAGGCGCACACAUCAGCAUGGCGGUCAAUGACAUCCAAAACGACCCCGACGUCACGCCGGAGCCGGAGAAGUUCGACGGCUUCCGGUACUACCGGCUACGGGAGCGCGAGGGCGAGGGCCAUCUGCACCAGUUCUCGACGACGCAGGAGCGCAUUCUGAACUUCGGGCAUGGCCAGAAUGCCUGCCCCGGUCGGUUCUUUGCCAGUCUGGAGAUCAAAAUCAUUCUGGUGCGGCUGCUCAUGGACUACGAGUUUAAGUUCAAGCAUGGGAAUAAGCGCCCGGAGAAUCUGCGUGCGCAUGAGUUCAUUUUCCCGAAUCCUGACGCGGAGAUCCUGAUGAGGCGGAGGCCGGUAGCGGAGCGUUUGCAGAUGUAA